CGAGGAACGAAGCGUUUUCGUUUUUCUUUUUGUCGAAGAAAAUAAUAAAAGGAGGAGCGAAAUAGAAGAAGUGUCAACAUGAACGCGAUAAAACUGAUUGGAUUUUUGCUGUUCAUUGCAUCGAUCGGAUUGCUGGUUAAAGCACAAAUUAGUCCCUCAUCAGUUUCAGGUAAUCUUGUAUCGUCUACUGUUACGCCAAAAGGAAAUGGGAAUUCCAGCAAUCCCAUAGUUUCUCUUCUCGCAUGUAUUUUGAACAAUGUAGGCAAUCUACUUGGGAUAUCCCUCGGUGGUAUAGUGAAUGACCUUGGACAUUUAAUUUCCUCGGAUGGUUCAUUAAAUUUAUCAGGACUUCUUUCCGGACUUACCGGCAUCUUAAACUUACCGCUCGAUACAAUAUUUUCUGCCCUUAAAACUGGAAAUAUCUCACAAUUCACGAAUCUGGUUCAACCUUUAGUCGACAACUUAUUACGUAUACCUUUAGUUAGCUCCUUAUUAUUACUUGUGUCGAAUAUUCUCCAGAUUCCAGUUUCUCUCGUCGUAACUAUACUCAGUAUAGUUCUUCACGUCGUUAAAGGAUUACUCGGUGUCCUUUUGGGGAUACAUGUGAAAAUUUGAUAAAUACUUCUCUAAAUCUACAAGCAUAUAUAUAUGUAUAAAUAUAUCUUUAACAAAUUGUUAUUAAAAAAUUAUAUUUCAAAAAAUAUAUUUAUAUCGCAACGUU